CCUUUCCUCAUCAGCAGGACGUUUCCAUUCUGUUGAUUAUUUCUUGUCCAUAUCUUAUCUAAAUCACUACUAUACAAGUGAUCCUUCAUUUCCCUUCGUUCAUAAUGCCUAUUUCCAACGGAGACGCCCUAGGCUGCAGCAUGAAGGCUGAGAUUGCCGACUACACCAAGGCUCUCGAAGUCCUGGAAAAAGACUAUCCUACCAGAGAUGGCCUGGAUGUCGAUACUCUCCUUGACUCCGACAAGCAUGGUGCGCUGACUUACAACGACUUUCUUAUUCUGCCUGGGUACAUCGGUUUCGCUGCGUCUGAGGUCACUCUCGACACACCCGUUACCAAGCGUAUUACCCUGAAGGCCCCUCUCCUGUCGUCUCCCAUGGAUACUGUCACCGAGCAUAACAUGGCUAUCCAUAUGGCUCUGCUCGGCGGUCUUGGUGUCAUUCACCAUAACUGCUCUCCGGAAGAUCAGGCCGAAAUGGUCAGAAAGGUAAAGAGAUACGAGAACGGUUUCAUCCUCGAUCCUGUUUGCCUUUCGCCAAAGUCCACUGUUCGCGAGGCCAAGGAUUUGAAGACCAAGUGGGGAUUUGGUGGCUUUCCCGUAACUGAGAACGGAACGCUUCGUUCCAAGCUUAUUGGAAUGGUUACUACCAGAGAUAUCCAGUUCCACCAAGCUAUGGACGAGCCGGUAACUGCUAUCAUGUCCACCGACCUUGUGACUGCACCAGCUGGUACAACUCUGUCCGAGGCAAAUGAGGUUCUCCGGAAAUCCAAGAAGGGCAAGCUUCCAAUUGUUGACAAGGAGGGCAACUUGGUAUCACUGCUGUCCCGGACAGAUUUGAUGAAGAAUCUUCACUACCCCUUGGCGUCUAAACUUCCCCACUCCAAGCAGCUAAUCUGCGCUGCUGCUAUCGGUACUCGUGAACAGGACAAGGAUAGACUUAAGCUGCUUGUUGAAGCAGGUCUUGACAUCGUUAUCCUGGACAGCAGCCAGGGUAACAGCAUCUUCCAACUCGAAAUGAUUAAAUACAUCAAGAAGACUUUCCCUCAAAUUGACGUUAUUGCCGGUAACGUCGUGACUCGGGAACAGGCUGCUGCCUUGAUCGCUGCUGGUGCCGAUGGCCUGAGAAUUGGCAUGGGCAGUGGCAGCGCUUGCAUUACCCAGGAAGUCAUGGCUGUCGGACGGCCUCAGGCCGCCGCCGUGCGGAGUGUUUCAUCUUUUGCUGCUCGCUUUGGUGUUCCUUGCAUUGCCGAUGGUGGUAUCCAGAAUGUCGGCCACAUAGUCAAAGGACUUGCCAUGGGAGCUACAACUGUCAUGAUGGGCGGUCUGCUUGCUGGCACAACCGAGUCUCCUGGAGAAUACUUCGUUAGCAACGAAGGCCAACUUGUCAAGGCCUACAGAGGAAUGGGUAGCAUUGCUGCUAUGGAGGAUAAGAAGGCCGGCACUGGCGGAAAGGACAGCAAGGCCAGCAACGCUGGAACUGCCCGGUACUUCUCUGAAAAGGAUCGCGUCCUGGUUGCGCAGGGCGUUGCAGGCUCUGUUCUUGACCGUGGCUCUGUCACCAAAUUCAUUCCUUAUCUCGUCGCUGGUGUUCAGCACUCUUUGCAGGACAUUGGUGCCCGCAGUCUGGAUGAACUGCAUGAGGGUGUUAACAACGGCACUAUUCGCUUCGAGAUGAGAAGCGCUAGCGGUCAGGCCGAGGGUAACGUCCAUGGUCUGCACAGCUACGACAAGAAGCUCUACGCUCAGGCAUAGAUUUAGCAGUCUCAUUCUGAUAUACACGCGUUUUGACAUGGCCGGUUAUUGAUGAUUUGAAAACAAAAGUGAUGUCUUGUUGGAUAGGAGUUGGUGCAGGGCUAAUAUGUAAAUUUCUUAUGAAAAAUUUAUCUCAUGUAUUGUUAAAACACGCUGUCCAAGUGAGGUAAUGCUUUAUCGA